UUCGCCCCCUCUCCAUCUUUCCAGAGAUGCAACCUCGUCCUCCGGAGAUCCUACAAAACCCUAGAUUGUGAGAGUUUUCACCCUCCCAAAUCACGAUCUUGAGUGGGAUUUUGCUGAGAGUUGUCGUCAAGUUCAUGAAAAUCAGAUCAUUAUCUGGAAGACUUUGCAAUGCAUUUGGCAACAAAUGAUGAUUGUACAGGAGUGCUUGAAUCACUCUUGCAGAGGCCUAGUUCAAUGUGCACCUCCAGUGAAUCCCUAUCUUGUAAAGAAAGCAAACCUACAGAGACCGUCAUUCUUGUGAGGGAUGGUGAUGGAGAAACUUCUGAUGUUGAUGAACAUGAAAAUCUGAUCGGUGGAGACGAACGACAGUGUCGAAUCUGCUUUGAAUCUGGAGGUGGAGAGCUAAUAGCUCCCUGUGAUUGCAAAGGUACACAAAAAUAUGUGCACAGAUCUUGUCUUGAUCAUUGGAGAUCAAUCAAGGAGGGUUUUGCUUUUGCACAUUGUACUGAAUGUAGGGCAGAUUUUCAUCUACGUGCAAAUAUGCUUUCAAGGCGUUGGUGGUUGAAAUUGAAGUUUCAGCUCCUUGUUUUCCUCGAUCAUGUUAUGAUUUUUAUUGUUGUUAUGUUGGUUGUAGCUUUACUUUGCCUGCUGGCGUACAAGUUUUUUGGUGAAGAACUGCGUGACAUGUUCUGCUAUGAUGACAACCAUGUCGUAUUCUAUGCCCUAGCAGCAAUGUCUAUCAUCAUGAUGGGGUUGAUUUUCGGAUUCUUCAUAGCCAUGAUAUGUGGACAUAAGAUCACUGAACGCCAUAAUCACGUUCUUGCUAAGCGGGAACUGACAAAGGAAUACAUGGUUGUAAAUCGAGAGGACAAUGGCGAUCCUCCUGGACUUGACCCUGAUCAAAUUACAGAGCUAAGAGAAUUGGGCCUUUACUAGAUGUUAUUGCCUUAUUGGACCCUUGGCUGCAAAUAUUGGAAACUUUGUUCUCCAUUGCACGUAGAUGGGAAUCAGAGGACAGGAACUUUGUGGUGGACAGGCUCUCUUUUCAUAGUACGAUGUUGAUGGACGGUCCGUGAAGACAUCGUGACUUGUACAGCUGUGCAAAUCCCGGGUGCGAGUUUCUUGGAAAUUACUGUUGCAUUCUUUUAUCUAUACAGUAACAGAUGCGAUGUGUAAAUACCUGUGUAAACAGCGGGAAACAUUUAUGGUUGAUAAAUCAAUAUCUUCUUGUGUAA